AUGGAUUAAGUGUAUGACGAAUUAUUAUAGAACAAGGGCCAUCUUUCCUCAUCAGAUAACUCUAAUUCUCAGAAUUCAAUGGGCUUUGACCAGUCUCAAAAGGUUUAUUAACCGGAGUCGAGAAAUUCAAACAAUCAGUUUGGAUUCGGCUCCUGGGUGGGAAGGGCUUUUCUAUAAGACAACUAACUCGGAGCAGGCGCUUUCUAGAGCUCAAAUUAGAAAUAGCUCUUUACCAAUGUAGAGGUUAAUCUGCUGGUCCCCAAAGAUCCCUCCAAUGUGACUUCAAGCUUCAACUUGAACCAGUGGAUCGAGGACCACAUGGAUAAGCUUGAGAGAAUCCAAUACUUUUGCGAGAUUCCAAACUUUUGCAAUGGAGAGACAUUGCUGAUGAAGUCUAUUGACUACUUCAACCAACAGCUACAUGAAAAAGGCAGUCCUCUCAAACUUUCAACAGACAUACAGCACUUUCAGAUGAGAAUUGCUAAGAAAAAGAACGGCAAACCCAAUUCAGAUUACCCUAAAAUUGAUUUGACUUAAAUCGUUGCUGAUAUCGAUUUCUCCAUCUUCUGCAUAGUUUAUAACUCUUAAAGUAUCACUAAUGCAUUAACUCUUAGUACCUUAAGUCGCCCUAGUCAGACUAAAGGAAAGGGUAUUAGAACAACAAAAGGAAAAAAUUCUCAUGAUAUGUCAACUUAAAAAGAUUCGGUCUUGACUUCUGGUUACGAAAGUCUAAUGCUUUCCAAAAGACAAGAAUCAUCAAAAAAUUUAUCUUCAAUACCAUCAUACUCCUAGAUGGAAACUGUACAAACAGAUGCGGGUUAUAUUCAUCAGCAUACUAAGAGCACCAUGUCUGCUCACUCUAAAAAUACACAGCACUAGGCCUGCUGCAAUAAUGGAUGUCAUAUUUUCUGA